UUUUUCUUUCCAACCAAGCGCCUACCAUCUCAUCUCUCUCUCUCUCUCUCUCUCUGAAAUGGGAAAUGUUGUAUCUCCAUGUUUCCAUUCAACAAGGUCUUCAUCAGUGAAGCUAAUCUUUUGGGAAGGAACCACAAGGAUUCUUACAGGGAAACACAUAGCAGGAGAGAUCAUGUUCGAUAAUCCGGACAAGAUUGUUUGCCAUGCAGAUUCUUUCUUCAUUGGCCACCCUCUACCAGCCCUGGACAUUAAUGAUGAGCUCAGGCCAGGCCAAACCUACUUUGUCUUUCCUAUAGAUCGCAUCUCUUGCAACCAUGUUCUAUCUGCAGCUUCUCUUGCAGCCUUAACCAGCUCCUCCAGCCCUAGACCAGCACCUAUCAAUUUCGGUGAGUAUGAUCCUUUCCAAUACGUGAAGGGUGCAAAUGGUAGGAUUCUGAUAAAGGUGGUGCCUGAAUUCAUAAUAAGGCUUCUAAAUAGAGGUAAAGAAGAAGAAAAUGGUGGGUCUGCUAGUCCUGGUAAUAAUAAUGGUAACAGCUUUCUUUGUAGCACACCAGAGUUGAAGAAGCACUAUGAACAGCUUGUUGGGUCUAGAGAACAAACAUGGUCACCUAAACUUGAGACCAUUUCCGAGUGCAAAAUUAGGUAUUCUCCUUGCAGAUUUUUAGGGUUGGAGUGGAAACAAAAAGAAGAGAAUGAUGCAUAAUUUUGUAUUAAUUCUUUUCAGUUAAUUAUUAAAGGGAAGAAGAACAUAAUAGAUCAUGUAGUUAUAUAGUAUUUUAUUUAAUUUUGGUCCCUUUAAUUUAUGGAUCGAUUUGUACAAAGUUUGAUCGUUUUAAAGUUGUUGAUAAAUUGCCCAUUUAAUUUGUGAGAAUUUGUUGAUGUA